AUGUCGGACGGAAGCCCAGAACGUGGACAAAAACGCGCGGAUAGCCAGCUUGAGAGCAGACAAAUCAACAUUCAACAAAAAAGAUAUUAUGUUGACAUCAAUGAGAACCAUCGCGGACGCUUCAUCAAGAUUGCCGAGUUGGGAAGCAACUACAAAUCGCGCAUCAUUCUUACUUUGCGUGCCGCCAACGCCAUCCAUACCGCUAUCAAUGGCCUAGCGGAUCUCAUCGACGCGCCACCAUCGAACGUCGAGUCGAAGGAGGCGGUUCUCAUCAAGUCGGAAACGAUUACCGUCGACAGCCGUCGCUUCUAUCUCGAUUUGAAGGAGAACGAGCGCGGACGUUUCUUGCGCAUCGCUCAGAUGCCGCAGAAUGCUCGCCAGGAGCGCGUUCAUAUUGCGAUUCCAUCAUGCGGAAUCAAGGAUAUCAAUGAAGCGCUGGCUGAUUAUCUCAACAAGUACUACGAUGAGAGCGCCGAGCUGGCCGCCGAGAACAAUGAUUCGAAGAUGCGCGUCAACGCCGAGAACAAGACAUUUGUUUUCAACAAGGGUGAGAAUGAUCGCGGACAAUAUGUGCGCAUCUCGGAGAUUAAGCUGAGCAGCGGAUACAGAAACGCCAUCACCAUCCCGUUUGCUUCGUUGGAGCUCAUCCGCAACGCUCUCAACGAAAUCAUCGAAGGUGGAAAAGCAUAA